GUAUUAAUGACCGACAGCACUAUCAUAUGUCCGUAUUGUAAAAAUAAUGCUUACUUCGAUCCAAGAUCAUCCUCAAGCUAUUGUAGAUCAAAAAUAUGCAAUGGCAUUGUAAUUGAAUAAGGAAAGAUUACCUAUGAAAAUGAGGUUAAUUUGCAUGAGGCUGAUGAACCAGGAAAAAAGUAAACUAGGUUUGGAGGGUAUGAAAAUAAAAGGGAUGCUUUUAAAAAUUAAAUUUGUGAAAUGUUAGGAAAAAGUGAUUCUAAGCAGAGAAAAUAAUUUUAUGAAAAAUUUGAAGCUGGAGAACAUCAAAUACAAAAGUUGUCCAGCAUUUUUAUGAUGAAUGAAGCAUUCACUAACGAUGCCAUAUCUAAAUACAGGUCUUUAAUGUUUGAUAAUGCGAGUGAUGUAGAACUAUUUUUUAAUAUUUUAGAUUGCCAACAAAAGCUUUUUGGCCUUAGCCGCUUUGGCUUACAACCUAACUAUCAAAGAAAGGAAGUCAUAACGUAAUUAUGAUGAAAGAUUAAAUAAAAUUACAAUUGAACUUAUAGUUAAAUUCUGCUAAGUGACACCUCAAUAAAUGGAUUUAGUUACUAAGGCUUUAAAUAUGAAAGUAAAUAAUUGUUUUUAGUUUGCUUAGAACUCAGGGGAACCAGGAAAACAGGACAUCUGCUAAAAAAUUGUACAGAAAGUCAAAGAACACAAAUUACCAUUUAAUGAACUAGAAAAUAUGGCUAUUUAUGAUAUCCCUCAUAGACUUAUGGAUAACAGUAUUAUCAGAGGUGAAAAAACUUCAACAAUUGCAUGGUAAUUAUUGUAAAUAUAUACCUAGUGUUGUUGAAUACAUGGUCUCAUAACUAUCUGGCAAUCCAGAAUUAAAUAGAUUAACUCUAGAUUAACUUGCUUAAAUGAAUGACGUAACAAAAGACACUGCUAAGAAACUAUGGAAUACAAUCCUAGAAAAUUAAUGUUUAUAGAAUCAUAUUACUAGAUGGUAAGGACAGAGAUCAAUAUCAGAGCUCAAACAUAUAACCUGA